AUGAUAAUCUAUUUAAAUGCAUUAAUAAUUAUUUUGUUUAUAUUGAAACUUUCCUUCUAAUUUGAUUAUAUAUGCGAUGAUAUUAAACCUACUAAUGUUUACUGCGAUUAGAACCAAAUUUGCUAAGACUGUUUAAAUGCUGAUUGUUUGUAUUGUAAAAGUGAUUUGAACACCUGUACAUAAUGUGUCAGCAAAUUCUUACUUAAUGAUUAAUGCUUGAACGUAUAGCCAAUAGGUGCUUUUUGUGAUAAAAGUACAAAAAUAUGUACUAAAUGUUCAGUCGAUUCAUGUAAUUAGUGCUCAGAUGAUGCUUAAAUAUGUUAGAAAUGCGAUUAAUCUUCAACAAAAAUAUAUCUUUAUUAAAACAGCUGCUUAAAUUCUACACCAGAUUAUGUCUAAUGCGAUUCUUCAAAUAUUUGUACUAACAAACCUCCAACAUACUGCACCGAAAAUUGUUAGACGUGCGAUUAUAAGUAAAAAGUUUGCUUGCAGUGUUCCAACACUUAUUAUAAAGUAAUAAACUAAUCAUCUACGUUUCCUACUUGUUAAAGUAAUUGUCCUUCUAAUUCUUCUUAAUAAGACUCAGAAUGUUAUGUUUGCCUUGAAGGCUACGUCUAUUCAAACAAAAAUUGCGUUUAACAAUUCAAAAAAUAUGAUUCAGAAAUAUUUACUGAGGAUAAAGUAAAAGAGGUUGCUUAAUAAGUUUCAACAUCCUCAUAAGCAACUACAAUUAGCACAGUAGCGCUGAAUUCAGUUUCAAAUGUUUUUUCAUCUUCUAGUUUUAGCAUUGUAACAGCUGGAUUGUCUUGCUAAAAACUCUCGUACUUGACAAUAGUUGAUUGUAAUCUACCCAAUCCAGUAUUUUAACCUUUAAAUGCAUAAAAAGGUAAUUAAUUAAUUUAUCAAUUAAAAUGUUUAAAAUGA